CACACCUUUAGUCUCAGUUUGAAGAUGCAUCAAAAGGUCAAAGGUCGUAGACUGACCCGCCCGUGUUGAUGACAUCUCGCUGUGAUGUCACUCUCAGGUCUGGAGGAGGGUCUGGAGGUGCAGGGCGAGCUCCUCCUGCAGGACUCGUUUCUGGUCUGGGAGCCGAAGUCUCUGAUCCGGAAGGGGCGGGACCGACACCUCUUCCUGUUUGAGCUGUCACUCAUCUUCAGCAAAGAGAUCAAAGACUCGUCAGGACGAACCAAAUACCUUUACAAGAGCAGGCUGAGGACGUCCGAGCUCGGUGUGACGGAGCACAUCGAGGGCGACCCCUGCAAGUUCGCUCUGUGGGUCGGACGAACGCCGACGUCCGACAACAAGACGGUCCUGAAGGCGUCGUCGUUGGAUCUGAAGCAGGAGUGGGUCCGCAGCAUUCGACAGGUGAUCCAGGAGAGGCGGGGCCACCUGCGGGGGGCUCUGAGGGAGCCCAUCCCCCUCCCCAAGACGCCAAACCCCACGCUGGGGCGACAGCGCAGCAUCAGCCGCAGGGAGACGAGCGAGGACGCAGACAGUCUGGGCGAUGCGAGCAGUCAGCCGGACACCGUCUCCAUCGCCUCGAGAACGUCACAGAACACGGCCGACAGCGACAAGCUGUCAGGAGGUUGCGAGUUAGUCGUGGUGUUGUUGGAUUUCUCCUCCGGGGGCGCCGGAGAGCUCAGUGUUCGCUGUGGUCAGACGGUGGAGCUGGUGGAGCGCUCUGCAGACCGGCCCGGGUGGUGUCUGGUCAGAACCACAGAUCAAUCGCCCCAACAGGAGGGGCUCCUCCCCAUGAGCGCCCUCUGUCUGUCACACUCCCACAGUGCAGCCGACAUGGAGGGGCUGGUGCCCGCCUCCACCACCUCCUCCAGCACGUCUUCUACAUCCACCACCACCUCCUCCAGCUGCAACUCCACCACCACCACCUCCUCAAACUCCUCCUCCACUGUCAGCGCCGGGAGGGAUUCCGGUCUGUACGGCUCUGAAGGCUCAGCGCUCAAUGUUCAGUCAUCAACACAAAAUGCAACCUCGCCCACAGUCUAUGGAGUGGGCGCCGCUCCAGGGGGCGCCGUGGGCUCUCCGGGGCCGAAGCGCACCGUCUCCGGAACAGGAAACACCUUGAAGCGAUGGUUAACCAGUCCUGUCCGGAGGCUGAGUCAAGGAAAGGCUGACGGACAAAAGAAACCGCCAAUCAGAACGAGGAGGCGGGACAACAGGCCGGAGAUCACACCCCUUACUGGCAACGCACAGACGAAGGCGAAGAAGGAGGAGGGGGCGCAAAGUGGAGGAGAGGAGGAGCCAGAGGAAGAAAGCCACACCCCUCUACCACCUCCCAUGCAGAUCAUCAAAGACCCAAACAACCCCGAGGCUCUGGAUUCAGAUCAGGGCUCCAACGAGUCGGACACCGAGCAGAGAAAUAAAGCUCUAAGAGGACGCAUGUUUGUUGUUAACGAGAUGGUCCAAUCAGAGAAGGACUACGUGAAGGACCUGGCUGUGAUUGUGGAGGGCUUCAUGUCCAGGCUGGAGGUCAGAGGGAUCCCCGAGGACAUGAGGGGGAAAGACAAAAUCGUCUUCGGCAACAUCCAGCAGAUCUACGACUGGCACAGAGAUUUCUUCCUGGUGGAGUUGGAUCGUUGUGUUCAGAAUCACGACCUGCUGGCUGACCUUUUCAUCCGACAUGAGCGUCGUCUCCACAUGUACAUUGUUUACUGUCAGAACAAGCCGAGGUCAGAGUUCAUCGUCAUCGAGUACGAGACCUUCUUCGAGGAGAUCCAGCAUGAGAUCAGCUGCAGGAUGUCGAUCAGUGAUUACCUGAUCAAACCCAUCCAGAGAAUCACAAAGUACCAGCUGCUGCUCAAGGAUUUCCUCAAGUACACGUCUAAAGCAGGACUGGACUGUGAGGAGAUCGAGAAAGCAGUCGACCUGAUGUCUUUGGUGCCGAAGCGCUGCAACGACAUGAUGAACCUGGGGCGCCUGCAGGGAUAUGAGGGGAAGUUGACGUCUCAGGGGAAGCUGCUGCAGCAGGAGACGUUCUGCGUUUGGGAGCAGGACGGCGGCGUUCUGUCCCGGAGCAAAGAGCGACGAGUCUUCCUGUUCGAGCAGAUCGUCAUCUUCAGCGAGCUGCUGCGCAAAGGAUCCAACAACCCGGGAUACCAGUUCAAGAACAGCAUCAAGGUGAGUUACCUGGCGAUGCAGGACAGUGUAGACGGGGACCCCUGUAAGUUCGUGUUGUGGUCUCGCGGCUCGGCCGAGCGCUUCACGCUGCAGGCGUCCUCCACCAGCAUCAAGAUGACCUGGACGGAGACCAUCGCCACGCUGCUGGAAGCCCAGAACAACUUCCUGUCAGCUCUUCAGUCUCCCAUCGAGUACCAGAGGAAAGAGGGCGGGAUCACAGUGACCCGCCCUCUGUCGUCAGGGCGACCGCCGUCAGCUCCUCCCACGCCAAAUGGUCACGCCACUCAGCCUCAGCACGACAGCGAGCAGGAAGAGGAGCUCGUGCUGGUGCUGCAGGACUUCGUCGCGGUGCGGGAGGACGAGAUUUCGGUGUUUCGAGGAGAGAAGGUUCAGAUCCUGGCGUCCAACCAGCAGGGUCAGAGUCUCGUGUACCGACCGGCGAACAGCGACUCGCCGGCCGCCGAGGGCUGGGUGUCACGCAGCGUGCUCAACAUACACUGACACACACAAACACACAACUACACACACUGGCAGCAGGGUCAGAGUCUGGUUUACGACCACUACACACAAUGACUCUAAAACGCCACGCCAACAGGGCCAAAAGGCAUGCUGGGAAAUGUGUUCAUGUAAAAGUUGGAGCCUUCAGAUGGCGAUGGAAACUCAUCCAAAAGCUAACGGACACGACUUUAAAAGGUACUCAUCGGAUUCUCACAAGUUUGAUGACAUCACGAUAUUUCCUGUAGUGCCGCCAUCAGGACAAACCGUCCAAUGAAACGACGGCGGUAGAAAUAACUGCUGGAUUUCAAAAGGUCAAAAGAUCAGAAGUACGAGAGGGAAAAGUUGAUUGGCUAAUUUAGGGCUCAUAACUGUUUCCUGACAGUCUUCAGGCCCUGUUUACUAAUCACACACACACACACACACACACACACACACACACACACACACACACACACACACACACACACACACACACACACACACACACACACACACACACACACACACACACACACACACACACACACACACAGCAGGUACUGUUAGUCUCCUCCCUCCAGGUGCUUCAACAUUCAGCCAAAACACUCCUCCGCCCUCGCCUCGUCCUAGCAGACGGCGCCCUGAGGUCGGCCUACAGUUUACUGCCCCGAGCAAACCGAUCACACUCUGAUGACAUCACAAACUGUUUCCUGUGAGUCAGCGGGAGCGAGAUUACAUCACCACAUCAUCGUCAUCAUCACGACCAUCAUCAACGGGCUGAAACUCCAGGACGCAACAAGAGACACGAUAAAAAAAAAAAAAACCUCCUGGAAGAGAAGAGGUGCAAGGACCCGUCAGCCAAUCAGAACUCUGCGUGUCAUCCUGUUAAUAGUGUGUAUAAAGAGACUGAGGACAGACACACACACACACACACACACACACACACACACACACACACACACACACACACACACUGAUGAAGAUGAAUUAUGAUGAAUAUGAUAAUUAAGAGUAAUAGAAUCUGUUUUUCACCUCAAUAGAAAAAAAGAGAGAAACUGUUUGUCAUGUUAACGUUUGUUUGUGUGUGCGUCAGAGAGAGAGCGUGUGUGUGUG